AUGACAGUGACAACAGUCUCUUCAACGCAUCCCAUCGCCCAGCGAGGUCCAUUAUCGCAGACACAAAACGCACAACUUCAUCAGUCAAGCGAUCUUCAAUACCAGCGUCGCGAAGCUCAUAUUCCAAAAUCAUCAAACGAAAAUGAGCCGCUGUACGUCCUCACGCUCUUCACGGACAAGAAACAUCAUGGGUACAUGACCGCCCUGCGAAGACAGUGGUUUCCACAGCAUCUUCUCAAAGUCGACGCUCACGUUACGCUAUUCCAUGCUCUCCCAGGUUCAAAAUUGGCUGAUAUGAAGCAAGAUAUCAGUGCGGUCGCGGCCGGGACAAAGAAAUUCCCCAUCGUGGUUGAUACAAAAGGUGUCUUCGAGAUGGGCAAAGGCGUCGGGAUCAACGUCUCAACAUCGGGAGGUGGUCAGUACAAGCCCGGUAGGAUACGAAGUGAGCUCAGGGAGAAAUGGCAACCGUUUCUGAGUAAACAGGAUAGCGGAAAGAAGUGGAAUGCACACUAUACUAUUAUGAACAAGCAGGAUGAUCACGAGGAGAUAAGGAAGUGUCUGGAGUAUUUGAAUGAGGGACAUGCGAACCAUGCCGGGACUGUGGAAGGCUUGAGUCUUUGGUUGUACGACAAAGGUCGGUGGAGACCGAAUGAGGUGUGGAAAUUCAUGGAUAACCCUCCCAAGAGCGCAGACGAGAAGUUGGAUGAUGGAGAGACCAAAGAUCAAUCACAAUAG